AACUGAGCAUUACAGCAUCUGGCCACACUGUUCGGAACAAAAUAAUAGUCCUGGUUUUCGCCACUUGUUUUCGAUCAUAUUAGACUUGAACCAACGCAAAAAGGAUUUUCUGCCAACUUUAUCGAUAACCGCAACCGACGCCAACUUAAACCUCUUCCUUUUCGCAGGCUCUUUCCGUUCAGCGAAUUCUCUCCCGUGGUCCCGUUUCAUUCAGCGAAUUCUCGCCCUAACUAAGUUCAUUGCUCGCAGCGGCGUCAGUUCAUAACCAAAUCUAUUCAAGCUAACACGCAGAAAUCAGCGUUGCGAUGAGUGCUCAGCCAAGUCCACAUAUGAAUCCCCAGCAGCAGCAGCAGCAGACCGAGCAGGAGAAGGUAAGCCGAUGUCGGCAAGAACGCGUGCUAUUUCGCAGCUUUACCAUUUAUCUUUUCGCCCGCCAGGUGUACCAAUGGAUCAAUGAGUUGGCCCAUCCGGACACGCGUGAAACCGCUCUGCUCGAGCUAAGCAAGAAGCGCGAGACCGAUCUGGCCCCCAUGCUGUGGAACAGCUUCGGGACCGCUUGCGCCCUGUUGCAGGAGAUCGUUAACAUAUACCCAUCGAUAACGCCUCCAACUUUGACGGCCCACCAGUCGAACCGCGUGUGCAACGCCCUGGCGCUUCUUCAGUGCGUCGCCUCGCACCCGGAGACUCGCACGGCCUUCUUGCAGGCCCAGAUACCGCUCUACUUGUAUCCUUUCCUAUCGACCACGUCCAAGACCAGGCCCUUCGAGUACUUGCGCCUGACCAGUCUGGGCGUCAUUGGCGCUCUGGUCAAGACCGACGAACAAGAGGUUAUCACCUUUCUCUUGACCACCGAGAUCGUGCCCCUCUGUCUGAGCAUCAUGGACAGCGGAUCGGAGCUGAGCAAGACCGUAGCCACUUUCAUCAUCCAGAAGAUAUUGCUCGAUGAGUCGGGUCUGUCGUACAUCUGCCAGACCUACGAACGCUUCUCGCACGUGGCCAUCACCCUGGGCAAAAUGGUCAUCCAGCUGUCGAAGGAUCCAUGCGCCCGGCUGUUGAAGCAUGUGGUGCGCUGCUAUCUCCGUCUCUCGGACAAUACACGCGCUCGCAAGGCCCUGGGACAGUGUCUGCCCGAUCAGCUGCGUGACGGCACCUUCGCGGUGUGCCUGCAAGAGGACAAGUCCACCAAGCAGUGGCUGCAGAUGUUGCUCAAGAACCUGGAGCUCGGCGCCAAUCAGCAGCAGAUGGGCAUGUCGCCACUGGGCUCCUAGGGAGUGGAAGCGACAGCCCCAAACACCAUAUUAUUAUCCAUUCUAACGUCCAACUAUCGAUGAAUAAUCCAAACUGUUAAUUAACUGCUCGACCCAAUAUACAUGCACAUAUGCAAACAUACAUACAUACACAUACAUACAUACAUGCAUAUACAUACAUACAUGCACAUACAUACAUACACACACAUACAUAUUUCAUAAGCUUGCACGCGGAUUGCCUGAGUCGACUUAAGCAGAGCUGUAAUAUAAUAACUACUACAUAAACUAAAAAUAAAUUCAUGUUAAUACUAUGAUUGUCACUGACAGCCAAUAAAGACGAUACGAUAUA